CUGAGACAUAUUUUGACCCGGGAGUUUCGGCGAAGCUCAAUAAUAAUUUCCGCUAGCAGAUCUCGCAGCGUACUUGUACAUGUAGCAUCAACCAAGAGAACUGAGGAUUCGACGCCACCGCCUUACAAAAUAGUGAAAAAUUGACAGGAUUCUACACAGAAUCAGAGAAAAGAAUAGAGUUUGAUAACAGAGGGAAGUAUUUUCAUCUCGGGCAGCAUUUAUAAAGCACAGUGAACAGAAUGGAACUCCAGGUCCAGAAUGAACGUGAGCGAGACAAGAUGUCGUACAGCAAGCUAGAUGCAGAUGACGUGGAGAUGGAUACGGUGAACGAAUCAGAGAAGAUGGCAUACUCCAAGCUGAAGGAUGGGGUAGAUGGAGGGAAGGGUGAUGCAACAGAUGGCCACCCCAUGAGGGCCAAGAGUUUUGAUGGCUUUGAGGAUCCCAGUCAACCCCUGCUUCUCUCGGGCAACAAUACAACAGUAAAUUAUGAGCUUGACUUUGUAGAGACUGAAUGGGGAAAUAUCUUAGUUGCCAUCCAAGGUGAUCGUAACAAGCCUGCUAUUCUCACCUACCACGAUCUUGGAUUAAAUCAUGUGUCAUGUUUCCAGGGUUUCUUCAACUUUCCUGACAUGCAGCCAAUCCUAAAACACUUCUGUGUCUAUCACAUCAAUGCACCAGGCCAAGAACAAGGGGCAGCACAGCUACCAGAGAACUUUGAGUAUCCAGACAUGGACCACUUAGCAGAGACUCUUAUCAGUGUACUCAAUCACUUCAGACUUAAGAAAUUCAUUGGUUUUGGGGUUGGUGCCGGUGCGAAUAUUUUGACAAGGUUUGAGCUUGCUCACCCCGAUUAUGUAGAGGCACUCAUGUUAGUGAACUGCGUGUCAACACAGUCAACAUGGACGGAAUGGAUGCAACAAAAACUGUCGGCAUACUACCUAAGAAAGAAUGGCAUGACAAACUACACACAAGAAUACCUCCUGUGGCAUUACUUUGGCAAGAGAACAAUGGAAACACAUCACGAGCUGGUAGCGCUCUUCAGAGAAAAUCUUGCCAAGAAUGUUAACCCUUUCAAUCUCUCAUUAUUUGUCAACUCAUACAUAAGACGAACUGAUCUGAAAAUUCAGCGUGAGCUCGGUCCUACCAAGUCAAAGAAUAUUCGGAGUGUGAAAGCCCAGAGCAUGCUCAUUGUUGGGGCCAAUUCACCGCAUGUCAAUGAUUCGGUUGAGAUGAAUGGUCGUAUGGAUCCUGCACGCAGCCAAUGGUUCAAGAUGUCAGACUGUGGUGGUAUGAUCUUAGAGGAACAGCCUGCUAAGCUCGCGGAAUCCAUCAGACUCUUCUUACAGGGACUGGGAUACGUUCCUUGGGUGAAAUCUGUUAAAGGUGCGAAUCAACCGGCCAGCUCGGAGUAUGGAACCCCCAGCCCCCACAAGCAAGACCGGCGCCCCAGAACCAGUGAUGGUGUAACAGUGGUCGUCUGAGAGAGCAGAUUCAUCGGGUCAAGAAAGUCUGUCCAGCUCCGCUGUAUGGGCUGCUGACAGAUCCAUCCAACUUCAUCUCGUUUUUAUUUCUUAUUGCAACAUUACUGAUUACCUACUGUUUUAUCAGAAACACACCAUAUCAUGUUUGAAAAGUGCAGCCUUGGCUUAUGAUAUUUUGGGAGGGAGAAAAUCUUUACAAAUUAACUUGAAUAUCAUGGGAUAAAACUUUUAUAAACCUGAAUAUCAUGGGAUAAAUUCUCAGAUUUUUCCACCCAAAGUUAGCCCAAAGAUGUAAACUAAGGUGUAACUUUGUACAUCUUUGUCAGUAAAAUCUUUCCUUUAAAGAUAUGACAUUUGUAGGAUAAUUGAAUUGAGAAGUAAGUUUAUACCUUUCCCCAACUUUUUUCAGCAUGGAACAAAAUGUUUAAAAACUCGAAUAUUACCCUGUCAGAUUUAAUUGUCUUUCCAUUUGUUAAUCUCUUCUUUUUUUCAUCUUUUCAAAUAUGCCUGUACAAUCUAGUCAUAAAAUGAAUUUUAUAAUUUGAUCAUGACUUUGUUUUUGUAGUAGUGGCCAGGCCAAAUAAGCAAUUGUUGCAGCUCUCAUAUCAUUACUAUGGAAUUUAUUCUUGUUAUUUUAUAUUUUAAGCAUGUUUCAGAAGUGGAAUGCGUUUCUGUAGAUGCAAAUAAAUCUGUUUCUACCUGUUUUAUGUACCAAAUAUACAUAUAUGUUGUUUUGUAAUGUUUGUAUGAAAUUAAUGUUUGUAAGAAGUAAAAGUUUUGUAAGAUUUAUGGAAAGAUACUUUUUUGAUAGGAUGUUGUUUAUUUUUUGAAAAAUGGGAAAACAAACAUCCAACUUUGUAUUGUGCUGUUCAACAAGGUUUGCUGUCAUGUUUUUUGUUGUGAUUUAGUGUAUAGGGAAGAUUGAAACAAAUAUAUAUGCUAGCCAUAGGGGAGUGCAACAUAAUAAAGGUAAUUGUUCUGCAAAAUAAUAGAAGGGCAAAUUCCACAUCAAGAAAGAAAAAUAUUGUCACCUCACUUCAUUUUCAAAGUAGUGAUGAUCAAAGUGAGAAUAAAACCUAAAUCCUUUUAAUAAACAAAGUUUUUUUUUACCCAAAUUCAUGCCAUUAAAAUAAUUAUUGGUAUACAAAUGCACGUUUAAUUGUAUUACAUCUUUGAAAUGAGCUUUGUUUCUAUUUAGAAAAGAUGGUAUUAAAUUCUUGGUAUUGUUAUGAUGAUUUAGAUGGCACAAUUUUCUGGUAAUUCCAUUACAAAGGUUAAAUACCACAAUAUCACGAAUGUAAGAAGAAAAUUGUUGGAACGAAAGAGUUGUUGUAAUAGAAUAGACAUAUUUUCUUUACAUAAAAGGGAUGAAAAGAUACAAAACAGAGACAUGGUCUGAGAUCUUGGUCAUGAAAUUAUAUUUUCCUUAUGAAACUGCCCAGAAGUGGAAUUUGAAACCAAAGCUAUCUUGAUUUGUGAAAAUCGUGCGAGUUUUGUUUGGAAUGUAUCACAUUAUUUUGUGAAAUUGCUGGUGGUAUAAAAAAAAAAGUGUGAAAAAAGAGCUUCCCCGUGUGUGCUUGAUCAAUUCAUCCAUGUUAUUUGGAUCCAUUAUGAAAUCUGUAAAUAACCAAAUUCUCAAUCUGAAUUUCCAUGAUUAUUUGUAUAUAUUGAUUAUGGUAUGAUUUGUAUACAGAUUUGUAUACAAAAUUAUUGUAUGGGUUACAGGCAGCUUUCUUUACUUGAUAGUGCAGAUGUUCUGACUGCUUUUUUUUCAUGCUGAAUCGAAAUUGAAUUGAAUUUUUUUUUCUUCUUAUUUUUAUGUAAUUGUUUUUCAUUUGAAUCCUUUCUUCAUUUUUGCAUUUAUCAAAAAAAUUGGCAAAAAUUGUAUUCAUAUACUGCUUUGUGACCUCACAGUGUACAGUAUACCAUGUUGUAUCCAUAUAGAUCUAUUUAUCAUUCUCACGUAAACUAUGUAUUCCAUCUAUUUUCAACUUACUAUGGCGUAUAUGAGUGCAUUCCUGUAGAUACACCAUAUGAGUUGAACUACACCUAGUAUAAAAUCAAUCUAUUUAUAUAUUCACAGAAUGCCACAUAGAAUGUUACUAUACAAUAUGAAACGAAUGUAUCACAUCUGGUGCAUGUUUAUACCAGAGAGUAAUUUACUAUUGAUUAGCCAUACACUCCUUACAAUUAAUCUGUGCCGGCUGCACAGAAAUGUUGUUAGCCUAACAGAGUGCUAACAGUAAGCCCAAUCACAUAUUUCUGGUUGUGAGGUCAAAACAUUUAUUUCAAUAUGUAAGUAAUGCAUUGUUGUAACCUUAGGCAUCGCUGCCACAUUACCUAUUUUAACAGGGCGUCUAUUAGCGCAUUGUUAGAGGUAAUAACGUUUCUGUGCGGUCAGUACUGUUAUAUUACAUGAUAAAAAGAGCAACCUCUUUUGAAAAUGAAAAAUCUUUUCCCU